AUGAAGGGCUCCUCUCUCUGUCCUCCACCCCAGAACUACCUGCCGAGUCAGCAGGACAUCCUGCUGGCGCGAAAGCCCACCAAGGGCAUCCACGAGUACAACUUUGAGAUCAAGAACGUGCCCUUCAAGAUCGUGGACGUGGGCGGCCAGCGGUCGGAGCGCAGGCGCUGGUUCGAGUGCUUCGACUCGGUCACCUCCAUCCUCUUCGUGGUGUCCUCCUCCGAGUACGACCAGGUUCUGAUGGAGGACCGCCAGACCAACCGCCUGUGCGAGUCCCUCAACAUCUUCGAGACCAUCGUCAACAACCGCGUCUUCGCCAACGUCUCCAUCAUCCUCUUCCUCAACAAGACGGACCUGCUGGAGGAGAAGGUGAAGAGCGUGGCGCUCAAGGACUACUUUCCCGACUACGCCGGGACCGAGCACAGCCUGCCGGACGUGCAGGCCUUCAUGGUGGAGUGUUUCCGGGCCAAGCGCCGCGACGCCAACCAGAAGCCGCUCUACCACCACUUCACCACCGCCAUCAACACGGAGAACAUCAGGCUGGUGUUCCGGGACGUGAAGGACACCAUUCUCCACGACAACCUCAAGCAGCUGAUGCUCCAAUGACCCCCUCACACUAGUCCUAGUCUGGCACGGAGCGAGGGACGGUGGACUUUCUCCGUUACCGCUUUUUUGAGAACAACAAAAUGGUCUGAAGGUUUCACCCGUUUGUCCGAGCACUGUAUUCACCCUCUUCACUCCGCCGCUGUUUUGUGAACGCAUGAACAGCAGGAACGUCUUCCUGGUCCCCGAAGAACCCGCCUCGCCUUUUCCCUAGUAGACCCCAUCACUCUUUAAAAAUCCUGCGUUUGUGCCAAACCUCUGCAACGUUCCCUCACUAUUUGUCUUAGGUUUCCCUCACCGCUCCACACCUACAGGGUGGAGUCCCAGCCAGCCCACGACGUCACCUUUGAUGAACUAUGUCCAGAAUCUGGGUGGAGGUGUCCAAAAAGGAGCCCCGUGUGAUCCGCGCUCUGCUUUGUACAUAAGGAAAUCUUUUUCUGUGUAAAUAAUAUCCAGGUUUAUCUCCUCGGUUGUAGAAAUGACGUUUUUUUUCCAUUCUGAAUGUUACAAAAUCACUGCUCCCCCCCACCCCAAUGAAGACCC